AUGGCGGGGUCUCCAGGGGAGAGCGCAGGCCCGUUCCGCCAGUUUGCCGUUCUGUUGCUGCGGAUGCUGCACAUGAACUGGAAGAAUCCGUACGUAUUCGGUGUGCGCUUGGCCAUGUACAUCGCGCUGGCGUUCAUGGUCGGAACCAUGUACUACGACGUGGGUGAGGUGGCCCGUGGAGAUGAGCCUGUUGCCGCUGAAGCCGCAGCCACCUCGCUCCUGGCUCUGCUGUUCUACGUGCAGCCAUUUCUCGUCUUCAUGUCAGUCGCAAUCCUUCCGUUCUUCCUCGAGAUACGGGACGUCUUCCGGCGGGAGCGAGCCAACGGACAGAUCACCUGUCUGCCGUACGUGCUCGCCGACUUCCUCGCCGGACUCCCUGGCGUCACGCUCAUUGCUCUGAUCUCCACGAUGCUCGUCGUGUGGCUGGCAAAUCUCAAUGGCUUCGCCCAGUUCUUCGCGAACCUGCUGCUGUCCCUGAUCGUGGCCGAGUCCCUCAUGCACGUGAUCGGCGCCGCCCAGCCACACUACAUCAUCGGCAUGGCAUUCGGGGCGGGCCUCUUCGGCAUGUUCAUGCUCUGCGAAGGAUUCAUGGUCAAGCCGCAGGACAUCCCGGACGGCUGGGUCUGGGGCUAUCACCUCGCCUUCCAUACUUACUCUUUCGAAUGGUUUGUGCACAACCAGUUCGACGACGGGACGCGCGUCGGCGAGGCCGUUUUGAAGAGCUUCGAAAUGGAGGAUGUGGACCCGCUCCGGAACGCUCUCAUAUUGAUGGCGUACGCGGCCGUCUUCCAGGCGGCAUAUUUCAUGGUCCUGAACGUCUUCCACACAGGGAAGCGUUGA